CAAAAAUUACGUCCAACUUUUGUCAAAUUUGACAGGUACUGGUCCUGUUGUUUUCAAACUCUCUGAACGAGCGAAAGAGAUACAAUUUCGCCGUGAGGUUGUCUAUAAAUUGUAUGAAAACAGUCUUAUAAACUUAAAGUUUGCAUUAUCAGUGUAAAUAGUGUUUUUUGACGUGCAGCUCCAUAGGGAUCCCACUGUGAAUCCCUAAAGAUUAUCAGAAAUUUCCAAUGAUUUGGAAAGUAUUCUAAAAACUGUAGAAAUUAUUCUCAAUCAUUUACAGGAAUCCGUAGCAUCACUAAAAAUAUGAAAAUAGCUCCUGAGAAUCCCUAAAGAUUCUUAGAAAUUACAAGUGUUUUGGGAUGUUUUCUGAAAACUAUAGAAAAUAUUCUCGAUGAUUUAUAGGAAUCCGUAGCAUAACAGAAUAUAUUUAAAUAAUUCCUGAGAAUCCCUUAAGAUUCUAAGAAAUUUCCAGUGAUCUGAACAGUAUUCUAAAAACUAUAGAAAAUAUUCUCAAUCAUUUAUAGGAAUCCGUAGCAUAACAGAAUAUGUAUGUAUAUUUAAAUAAUUUCUGAGAAUCUCUUAAGAUUCUCAAAAAUUCCCAGUUAUGUGGGAUGUAUUUUUAAAACUAUAAAAUAAUCUCAAUUAUUUAUAGUAAUCGGUAAUAUCACGGAAUAUAUUUGAAUAACUCCUGAGAAUCCCUCAAGAUUCUCAGAAAUUUUCAGUAAUGUGGAAAAUAUUCAAAAAAGUAUAGAAAAAAUUCUCCAUCAUUUAUAAGGAAUCCGUAGCAUCAGUAAAUAUAUUUAAAUAAUUUCUGAGAGUCCCUACAGAUUCUCAGAAAUUUCCAGUGAUCUGCAAAGUAUUUUAAAACUUUAUAGGAAUCAGUAAUACAUUUAAAUAAUUCUUGAGAAUUCCUUAAGAUUCCCAGUAAUCUGGAAAGUAUUCUGAAACCUAUAGAAAAAAUUAUCAAUCAUUUAUAGGAAUCAGUAGCAUCACUAAAUAGGGGAAAUUGCCUAUUCUCGGCCGUUUUGUUCUCUUCGUCUUAGGGGGUUUUUUGAAGCAUAUUGAACUCAGAGUUGGUCUCAAAUCCUUCCCAACUAAGUUAAACUAUAUUGCCAAGUUUCAGGCAAUUUGGCUGACAAAAACCCCCCAUGACGAAGAGAACAAACCUGCCGAUAAUACCCAUUGUCACCCUAUAUGAAAAUAAUUCCUAAGAAUCCCUAAAGAUUAUCAGAAAUUUUCAGAUAUUGAUUUGGGAUAUAUUCUGAAAACUAUAGAAAAUAUUCUCAAUCUUUUAUGUGAAUCGGUAGCAUCACUAAAUAUAUUAAAAUAAUUCCUGAGAAUCCCUAAAGAUUAUCAGAAAUUUCCAGUGAUUUGGAAAGUAUUCUAAAAACUAUAGAAAUUAUUCUCAAUCAUUUAUGUGAAUCCGUAGCAUCACUAAAAAUACGAAAAUAGCUCCUGAGAAUCCCUAAAGAUUCUCAGAAAUUCCCAGUAAUUUGGGAUGUAUUCUAAAAACUAUAGAAAAUAUUUUCAAUGGUUUAUGGGAAUCCGUUGCAUCACUAAAUAUAGGUUCAUUUAUGUAAAAAUUGCCACUAGAGGCGCUGAGUACAAAAAAGUGAUAAAGAAAACACAAAACUGUCAAACGCGUGGUUCCGCACAAAAAUUUCACUAAAUUGUAUUUUUUAAUACUUUUGGGUUGAAUUUUGUCGUUUUCACUGAAAAAAUUAUUGAAUAACGGUUAUCGUCCAGCUAAUGCACUCAUCAAUGAACUACGGAGCCCACCACGAAGGAAUGCGAGGACAGAAUUUCUGCAUCAUCGAAAGAUGCAUGAAAAAAACCGGUCAGCUAUUUCCUGUUCCGCAUAAGAACAGUUCUGUUUUCAACAAAUGGAUUAGGAUAGUCUCGCUCAGCGGAUACCCUGGACAUCGUAUAUGCGGGGAUCAUUUUAAGCCCGACGAUUUUCUCAUCGUAAAACGGGUAAAACUUAAGCCAGCUUCGGUUCCAUCCAUUCUUCCCAAUCGGGAAGACAAGUUCUCACUCAAACCGGGAUGUUGCGUGAAAGGAUGUAAAUCACGCAAAAGGCAGUUACUGCAGAAGUUUCCUCCGGCGCGUUCAUCGAGACGUAAACUGUGGAAUUUAGCACUCGGACUUCCAAAAGGCGAAAGGCGAACCCUCAAAAUUUGUCACCUACACUUCAAGACCUCGGAUUUUGUACAGACAACCCGUCGGUAUCUUAAGCCGAAUUCAGUUCCCAGCCGUGGUAUCAAUUCGAUAAAAUCAAGGAAACUUGUUAUAUACACCAAGGAAGAUUCAGAUGAGAGCGAUAACGAAGAGCGGGCUGUCCCGGAACAUGGAUACUGUUUGCCAUUGAACCUUCCAUGCAGCAGGACUAUUUGCUUCGUCUCUAACUGCACAGCUCGGGCUGGAAAUGGAAUCAAGUUGCACAAAUUUCCCCUUGAAGACCAAGCGUUUCUGAAAAAAUGGACUGCUGCAAUCAAAACUAGAAAGAAACCAAGCAAAUAUUCAAGAGUUUGCAGUCGACAUUUCAAGAACGAUGAUUAUUUACCAGGAGGCAAGCGGCUCAAACCACAAGCCACUCCAUCUCAACACCUACCGCUGAUUGAUUUGUUGAAGCUUCCGAAUCCAUAUAAACGCAAAUUCACAUUGCGUGAACGGAAUUUGUCUCCACCUAGGAACCCACACUCGAGUCACGUUGUUGAGCAGCAUUCACCAUCACCAACAUCACCAUCGGCUAAUGAUGAAAAUGGCUGUAUGUUUGGAGAAGUAUCAUACGUCGAUACCGAUACGAGUCGAUAUGUGACUAAUGAGCUAUCUGAAGUUAUGGAAUGUGAAUUCGAUCCUGCUGAAAUCAAUCACAAUUCAACAUUCGCUAAUCCGGCUAACCCGUGCAUCAAGCAAUGUGAUGCUGAACGUACUACGCACGAAAAAUCGAGGACAGAUAACGUCGAACAGAAUUUCGGAAACGGAUCAGAAAAUCCAGACGGUGUUUUGAAUCGGCUGAUUAAGGAGUUAAAGGGAAAUUCAACUGUUAACAACACAUCGACCAGUUCAUUGAACCACGAAAAAGCGUUCACCUUAACAAGCUUGAUAAAAACUGAUAAAGACGCGAUUGUCUGGACUGGAUUGACCUCUCUGGGCCAGCUUGAUGCAAUUUGUAUAUCUGUGAAAAUUAUCGAGGAUCAGCUUUAUAAGGAACAACACAAAAUGUCUGCUAUAGACAGAGUUAUUCUAACUUUGGCGAAGUUAAAGCAAAAUAUAUCUUUUGCGGCGAUUGCAACGCUUUUUGGUGUAUCAUCUGCUACGGUAGCGCAGUACUUCAACCACACAAUUCAGGUUCUCGCAGAGGUUUUACAGCAGUUCGUCUAUUGGCCUGAUCGGGAUGAGAUAGCAAAAAACAUUCCGCUAUGUUUCCGCGGAAAAUACGAAAAUGUGAGAUGUGUCCUUGACUGCACCGAGAUCCCUGUUGCAACAAUGAAGUGCAUAAAUUGUUGCAUAGCAUGUUAUUCCAGUUAUAAAGGAAUGAGAACGGUGAAAUUUCUCAUUGGAAUAACACCAGCCGGAUUGAUCAAUUUCGUAAGCAAAGCGUACAGUGGAAAGGCGUCCGAUAAGCAGAUUUUCAACGAUGAAAAUGUGCUGGGUCUCCUUGAACCGUUCAAGGAUGAGUUGAUGGUAGAUAAAGGAUUUAACAUUCAGCAAGAGUGCCUUAAUUAUGGAGUACGCCUGCACAUUCCACCAUUUCUGCGAUCAGAGCAACACACCGCAAAGGAUGCUGUACUGAACGAAAGCAUUGCGAAAUCAAGGAUCCAUGUGGAGAGAGCGAUCCAGCGUAUAAAGCUGUUUGGAAUUUUUCAAGACGCAAUGAUGCCUCGGUUUUGGGGUUGAUUGACUACAUCAUGAAAGUUGUAUGUGCAAUCGUAAACCUAUCAGCCCCAAUUUUGAAGGACAAAAGAUUUUAAGAGUAUUUCUUGGAGUGCUUACUAAUAGGCUUAAGACCGAAUCGCGAUAGUAUAUAUACAUAUAUUGAAGUCGACCACACCUUGAGCCACACUAUCCCAACCAAAAGAAUAAAAAAACGUAUUUCAGCUCAAACUUUUCAA